AUGUGUAAUGACGUUAAUGUCUCUGACUGUGGUGAUGUUGUUUCCAGAGAGAUCAGUCCUACCACUACUCCCUUGACAACCACAGUUCCACCAUACAAAUGGUCGUUUAGAUCCUAUUUCUCGAUAUCUGCAUAUGACCAGUCUGAUAUGAUUUCUGAUGCAGACUUAUACAGCAAAUGUUUGCCAAACCAGAUGUAUGAUAGUAGCCAGAAAACAUGUAGAAAUCUGACUUGUUUUCCUGGCAAGACACCGUUGAACGACACGUGCGUAUCCUUACUAGCAUCCACUGACAACUUGCGAUACACUCUUCCAAUCAAAAUCAAGCUAACAACUUUUAUGAAGAAAUGCGGCGAUGGCGUGUUCAAAAAUGUUCUAGUUAGCCCUCUUUUGACGUGCAAACAAAUUGUGUUGAAAGGCUGUGAAUUUGGGGUACCCUGGACAAAAAUUCGAACCAAGUUUGCAUAUUUAGGACUGUCUCUAUCUUCUAAUCACUUCGAAGCUGAUGCCACUGUUGAGUUAAGGGUAUGUGCCUCUGACAUUUCAAUCUAUAAAGAGACAUUGAAAGUAAUGGGAUUGAUAGACGAAGGUAUGGUUAUAAUGUCAGUUUUAUCCCAUUUAUCUUGGCUCUUGCUGUUCUUCUGGCUUCAGGUUUGCUCUUUUCACAUGUUCCGUGUCUUCAGACAAGAUCGCCGUACCGAAAAUUCAGAUAGAUACAUUAGAAAAACAAUUACUAAGUAUUUCUCGUAUGCUUUUGGUAGUUCCUCAUUUAUUGUUUCUUGUAAUUUAAUUAUAUCUUUGAUACAUUCGAAUGGCGACAGCACUGGCUACGAUAAAGCGUCAUCUUUAAUGACGCACAAAAUUUCCUUCAUAGUGACGCUUAUACUGCCCCUAACUUUGAUCUGCCUGACAAAUAUUAUGUUUUAUAUUUUGACGGCUUAUAAAAUAUACUCGUCACCAGACAUUGAAAACACAUCCGGAAAUAGGAUUCAAUUUACUGUUUAUGUGAAGUUGUUCUCUUUGACUGGACUAUCUUGGCUUUUACAGAUUGUAGACACAUUUGUUGAAGUUUCCAUCUUGUCGUAUUUUUUGGCCAUUCUCAAUGGUUUGCAAGGUUUCUUUAUAUUUCUCAGUUACGUAUGCAACAAAAGAGUAUGGGAUUUGUACAAGAAAGCAUGUGGCAGUUUUAUUUCUGACCAGUCUAGAACAUCUUCGGGCAUGGUAACUAAUUCAAAUGAAAAGUAA